AUGACGUCCUCCGCCCUUCCGGUGGGAGCGUCGGUUUCGCCGGCAUGUGAAUUACAGCUGGUCGGUCCACCGUCGGCUAUAAAGCUGGCUGCCGACGACCUUGUCUUCACUCUCUACUCAACUCUUCUCAACCAACCUCAAGACUACCUCUACUCUGCUCUACUCUACUCUACUCUACUAUACUCUAUCUCUCUCUACCUCUAUUCCUACUAUCUACCAUCUAUCAACAUGUACACCUACACUGCCACCUCCAAGUUCCUCGUGCUCGCCCCUACCGAGUCGGGCCCUGCCACUGCCACUCAGGGUCGUGAGCGCUCCAGCAGCCAGUCCUCCAGCAGCAGCGAGCAACAGCGUCCGGGUCUCAGCCGUCUGCCCAGCGGUUUCCUCUACCUGGGGGUUGACACUCGCAACACCACGCCCAGCCUGUAAAGGGCGACGAAGUCCGACGAAUCGCGCUGGCCACGAUUUCUUAGCUCUCACCUCAUCGCUCCGGGGCUAAAGUCUGACCCCGCCGGUGCAGGCAGAUCACUACAGUUCUUAUGAAUAUUUGACGUUAUUGGAUGGCGAUCUUGGAAGGGACCAGUGCGGGGUGUUUUUCUUUUUCUUUUCAUUUCUCCGGUUGCUUUUGCUUCAUGCCAAGUCAUACUGUCCAUACUCCAUAGCUCUCCUUGCGCUGCCUAGACCAGAUGAAUGUUUGCCAAGGGCA